UGCCCUAAAAACAGGGCUGCUCGUCGUGAUGCUGCUCCUGGCCCUGUGGCGUCGCCUCGGCCGGCGAUCCAGCGCCGCCGGCCAUGUACGAUGCUUCUCCUCAGCUCAGGCGCUGCCAUCGGCGGAGGAUUUCGCGGCGCGGCGCCGCGAGGAUGCUCUUCUCGGUGAGAUCGAUGCGCGCUACCCCGCAUUCAUGGUUUGGGGAUGCAACACCGACGUUGGCAAGACGCUCGUCUCCACUGGUAUGGCGGCAGCGCUUCUUUCCUCCGGAAAGAGCCAGAAAUCGCAUGUCCUCUAUGUGAAGCCCGUCCAGACGGGAUUUCCAGAUGAUUCCGACGCCAGGUCUGUGACGCAGAGGAUAGAUUCUCUCGUCGGGAGGAGCGAGAGCAUCUUCCUCUCCAACCGGACAAUGUGGCUGUCCGAUGAGGCUUCCAAAAAGGCAGCAUUGACGAAAAGCUCCACAGACUCCUCGGGUUCCUGGAAAAACUCUGCGAAUUCAGUGAAAAGCUCCUCCAGUCUGACUUGCGAGACGCUGUGGAGCUGGUGUGCGGCUGUUUCUCCACACUUGGCCGCUCAGCAGGAAGGUGGCGGUGCUAGCGACGACGAGCUGCGAAAAGUUUUGCGAAGAUCGCUGUGGGAGUUCGGCGCUGACGCGUCUCAAACGGGACGGAGCUGGGCUUUCGUUGAGACCGCGGGUGGUGUUGCGAGUCCGGCUCCCUCAGGAACUUUGCAGUGCGAUCUUUACAGGCCUCUUCGACUACCUGGAAUUCUAGUCGGAGAUGGAAGGCUAGGAGGAAUAUCGACUACUCUAGCGGCGUAUGAAAGCCUUCUCUUGCGAGGAUACGAGACAAUCUGCAUUGUAAUUCAGGACAUGGGACUGGGAAACAAUCAGCAUCUGUCCAAACAGCUCCAUAACAGAGUGCCGGUCUUUGUGAUCCCUGCCGUACCAAAGAAUCCAGGUGACGAUCUUGCGGGCUGGUUUCACGACACCAGCAGUACGUUCCUUCAAGUGGUGUUACUGCUCGAAGAUGCGUACCAUAAGCGAAUACAAAGGCUGCGUGAGAUGCCCAAAAAAGCAUCGGAGCUUUUCUGGUGGCCCUUCACGCAGCACAGAUUGGUGCCCGAGGAGAACGUGACGGUUAUAGACUCUCGAUCGGGCGAAUUCUUUUCAGUUUAUGAGAAUAAACACGGCCGCUUUGCUCAGCAGUUUGAUGCUUGUGCAAGCUGGUGGACGCAGGGGCCCGAUGCAUCACUGCAGCAUGAGCUUGCGAAACAAAUUGCGUAUGCUGCGGGCAGAUAUGGUCACGUUAUGUUCCCCGAAAAUGUCCACGAGCCUGGCCUUCGCUGUGCUGAAUUGCUACUCCAAGGCGUUGGACGCGGCUGGGCACACAGAGUUUAUAUUUCUGACAAUGGAUCGACCGCUACUGAAAUUGCUCUCAAAAUGGCUUUGAGAAAAUAUGCUGUUGAUCAUGGCUUUUUAACAAAUCAAGGAGAUAAGAAACCGGACUUCAAGGUAAGCUUUCGUUGUGUUUAUCAUUUUGCCGAUUGUGCUGCUCAGGUUCUUGCACUCAGAGGCUCCUAUCAUGGAGACACUUUGGGAGCAAUGGAAGCGCAAGCGCCAUCUCCUUACACAGGAUUUUCGCAGCAACCUUGGUAUUCCGGAAGAGGCGUCUUUUUAGAUCCACCGACCGUGUGCUGCCAAAACAGGAAAUGGCAAUUGCGGGUGCCAGAAAGAUAUGGCACUAUAGCAACUGAACCUGCAUGGGAUGCAAGAGAAGACGUGUUUGCUUUGGAAAGGGAUAAUACGGAGCUGGCUAAGAUCUACUCGUCCGCGAUAGAGAAGGAGAUUAUGAGUAGCCAAGGCGGUUUAGGCGGACAAACAAUUGCCGGUCUCAUCAUCGAGCCGAUCAUCCACGCUGCUGGUGGAAUGGAGCUCGUGGAUCCUUUGUUCCAGCGCAUACUUACACAGCAAUGCAAGUGUCACAAAAUCCCAGUUAUCUUUGACGAGGUGUUCACUGGAUGUUGGCGACUUGGUGCCGAGUCUGCUUGGGAGCUUUUAGGAUGCAACCCAGACAUCGCUUGUUAUGCCAAGCUUUUGACUGGAGGAACUGUUCCGCUAGCAGCUACUCUUGCCACUCAAGACAUAUUUCAAGCUUUUGAAGGGGCGUCCAAGCUCGAUGCUCUCUUGCAUGGCCAUUCUUACACGGCACAUCCGGUCGGCUGCUCCGCCGCUGUUACAGCGCUGGAAUGGUUCAAGGACCCGUCCAAGAAUCCAAAUCUAUUGCCUGGCACAAGUCGUCUCCAGGAGCAAUGGGAUCCAGAGCUGGUGGCCGAGAUAUCAAGCCUUUCUUCCGUGGAAAGAGUGAUCUCUCUGGGAACGCUCAUGGCGCUAGAGCUGCGAUCAAGCUCAUCAAGCCAAAAGGGCUAUAGCUCGCUACUCUCCAGCGGCGUCGUGAAGGAACUUCGCCAAGUGCUUGGGAUCUACACUCGACCACUGGGAAAUGUGGUCUACUUCAUGUGUGGCCCAUUGACAAGGCCCAGUGUGUGCUCAUCGCUACUGAGAAGAAUGCUCAAAGUGUUAGAAUAACGAUCCAUGAAGCUUCAGUGUGCAAGCGUGUAUCUCUUCACUGGCAUCCAAUUUGGUUGUUUUUCCUGUCAUGCCAACCUUACCGCCCAACAAACAGACAAGCGCUAAACAAUGGAAAAAGGUGGUAAACAAUGAAAGAAGGUGGCGAAAGUGGAUGGAACGAUCGAUCAUGGCGCUUAUAAUUCUUAACUCCAUGAUACAACGACAUCGUUCUUUCCUAACCAUAUCAAAA